UAGAUUUUCUCCCACUUCACAGCAUCCAUUCACACAUUAAAUCACUUCCAAGUCUGCAUUCCCCUUCCUAACAAAACCUUGAAACCAGCCUCAGUGUGUUCUUCUCCCUUGUCUCGAUGGCAGCUGCAACAUCUGGUGCUGUGUUGAACGGUUUGGGAUCUUCUUUCCUUUGUGGAGGAAAGAGGAGCCAGACACUACUUGCUAAUGCUAUUGCAGGCAAAGCUGGUGCUUCUGUUAGUCCUAAAAGAUAUGUUGUAGCUGCUGCUGCUGCACCAAAGAAAUCAUGGGUCCCUGGUGUUAGAGGUGGUGGAAACUUCAUUGACCCUGAAUGGCUUGACGGCUCGCUACCUGGUGACUAUGGUUUUGACCCACUAGGCCUAGGGAAGGACCCAGCAUUCCUGAAAUGGUAUAGAGAAGCUGAACUCAUUCAUGGAAGGUGGGCAAUGGCUGCAGUUGUGGGAAUCUUUGUUGGCCAGGCAUGGAGUGGAGUUCCAUGGUUUGAGGCUGGAGCUGACCCCAAUGCAAUUGCUCCUUUCUCCUUUGGUUCACUACUGGGCACUCAGUUGCUUCUCAUGGGUUGGGUUGAGAGCAAGAGAUGGGUGGACUUCUUCAACCCUGAUUCACAGUCAGUGGAAUGGGCCACUCCAUGGUCAAGAACAGCGGAGAACUUUGCCAAUGCCACCGGUGAUCAAGGCUACCCUGGUGGCAAAUUCUUUGACCCUUUGGGACUUGCUGGCACCAUCAAGGAUGGCGUUUACAUUCCAGACAGAGAGAAGCUUGAAAGGCUCAAAUUGGCUGAAAUUAAGCAUGCAAGGAUUGCCAUGUUGGCUAUGCUGAUUUUCUACUUUGAGGCUGGUCAAGGGAAGACUCCCCUUGGUGCUCUUGGCUUGUAAACUUGGACCAAUUCGUGUAGAUAGUUGAAUUGAGAAGCUAGAUUGAUGUUGAACAUGAACCUUUGCCUUGUGUAGAGCCAAUGUGCUCCCUCACAACAAAUUCAAAUCAUAUCAUAUGCUUUUAAUAUUA